CAAUAAUUUUCGAACUUGAUUUUGUUUUAAUGUUUCUUCCUUGAAUCUAGCUAGUAGCGAGCUUCAGAAUAUUAUAUAUUUAUUUAUAUAUAUAUAUAUAUAUAGUUUUAAUUUUUCUUUUUUUCAAAUAAAAAAAAAAAAUGGUACUGCAUGAUGAGCAACAACCAAAAUAUUACAAUGUUGUUGGCGGCGCGUCGAAGAAGAGCAAAACCAAGAAGAAGAUCCCGCAGCGUGGGCUCGGCGUUGCGCAGUUGGAGAAGCUCUUAGAGGAGCAGAGGAGGAGCACAAGCACCUCACAAAUCCCGGUCCCGCCGCUGUUCAAGGAUUCAUUUCUGAAACCUGCCGCUGCUGUUGAUCCGGCCCCGACCCCGUCGUCGGCCGCCAUCGAUCUUUUCGAGGGCCCGUUGCCGACGAGAUGUUUCGAUUAUCGGGGUCAGGUGUUCGAACCUCCGCGAAAUCCUACCUGGGCCAGUUAUCCGGUUCCUCUGGUGAACAAGGCAUUGUUGCCUGAAAUAGAGCUUCCUUCAAACCAAAAUUACUGCAGCAGCUACAGCAUCACUCCUCCCCUAGAGGAUGAGCGGAUGGUUGGCAUGAAGAGGCCGUGGCCCUUUGUAAUCAACAGCAAUUCUGGCUCCUUCCCCUGCAAAAUUCCUCAGCCGUGUAGUUCGCAUCUCGCGUCAACCGAGUCUCAGUCGUACGGAAUCGACUCGACUCGAUUUGAUUACAGAACAACUCUUUUCAGAUCGGACAAUUCAAGCAGUAACAUGAAGCCUCGAGACUGGCGAACCACUAAUGUUAUUCCUAACAAGGGCGGUAAAGAAAAUGGCGCCACUUCCACCGAUGGUGGUUUUCUUACCUUGGCUACACCGUCAUCGUCCGUUCGUCAAGAUUGUACCAAAUGUAGCUCUGUUCCGUUACUGGGUUCGAGCACUGAUGGUAUUGGUAGUUCCUUGCAACCUUUCUACAGCUUCUUGCCCGUUGAUUCAACUAUCUCUGAGAGGGCUUUAGAUGACAGAAAAGGCGAUGUAUCUGAUGAUGUUGAUCUCAACUUGAAGCUUUGGAAAAGUUGAGUGUGCGGUGGAAUCUGUUGUAGCGGUGAUUCGUGCGUCAGAAUGACUCUGUAGAUCAUCAAAAUAGUACCAGAGUUCAAUAUAUUUGUCUACAUGAUGUAUGGUGAUGUAGAGAUAAUUCAGAGAUAUUUGCUGUUAGUUUUUUUGCUUUUUGGCUUUUGCUUUGUUUGUCAGUUCAGAGUGCGGAGAUCAUUAGUGAAUGAAUUUGUAGAAGAAGAUGCAGUAUGGUUUCCUGUGUGGGGUAUUUAGUUGAUAAUUGAUUACUGCUUUAUUGAA